UGAAUGUGUAAAAAAUAUUAUAUAUUCGGUGUAAAGAUAAAAUGUAGCUAGUUACGGACGACGAUGGAGUAAGCGGUUACCGACGACGAUGAAUCCCGGAUUGGCGGCGUACAAGCUCUACAGAGCCCUAACCUACGCCGCGUCACCGUUAAUCCGUCUUCACCUACAGUGGCGCAGAUUCCGCGGCCUUGAGCACCUCCAGCGGUGGCCAGAACGGCUAGGUCAUGCCUCUCAGCCUCGGAAGCCAGGUCCACUCGUAUGGUUCCACGCCGUUUCGUUAGGUGAAGGGAUGAUUGCGAUUCCAGUGAUCAAACACUGCAUUCGGAAAAUGCCGAACUUGAAUGUCCUCGUCACCAUCACCACUCUCUCUGCAUUUGAAGUAUUGAGCAAAAAGAUUCCUAGUGAAGUCAUUUUACAGUUUUCACCAGUUGAUACGCCUUCUUCCAUCCGUUCUUUCCUUCAUUACUGGAAACCAAGUGCUAUUGUGCUAAUGGAAAGCGAGCUCUGGCCAAAUCUUAUCAUGGAUGCUUCCAAAAAUGGUAUAACACUGGCACUGUUAAAUGCUCGGAUUUCUGAAAAGUCCUUUAAACUUUGGUCAGGGCCAGUGCUUCUUCCAUUGAUUUCAUUGAUGCUAUCCAAGUUUUCCUUGAUUGUUCCAUUGAGUACAGAGCAGGGUAUCCGGUUUCAGCUACUGCAAGCCCCUCCUUAUAUCAUAAACUUUUCUGGUGAUCUAAAGUAUGUAAUAGAAGACUUUGGAGUCAACGAAUGUGGCAGAAUGAAUAUAGAUAACCUGAGACAACAGCUUUCUCACAAGCAGGUUUGGAUGGCUUCUUCAAUUCAUAGGGGAGAAGAAGAAAUAAUAUCAGGAGUUCACAAUGUUCUUAUGCAGCUGCGACCUAAUAUAAUGACUAUUAUUGUCCCUCGGCAUCCGCAGCAAGGGCGAGAAAUUGCCAAAAAAUUGGAGAGACAAGGCCAUUAUGUAGUUUUGAGAUCACAACAUGAGAGGUUUAAGCCAGAAACAAAUAUUUAUGUGGUGGACACUUUGGGCGAAUUAAGACAGAUGUACACAUUAACACCAAUAGCUGUGAUUGGGGGUUCAUUCCUCCCUGGUUUGUCUGGCCAUAAUAUCUCAGAGGCUGCUGCUGCUGGUUGUGCUAUUCUGACAGGUCGUCAUGUUGGCCAUUUCUCCCACAUGGUACUAGAAAUGCAACAAUUGAAUCCUCUGUCAGUUCUUCAGGUUUCUGGAAAACUGGAGCUUGAAAAAUCUCUCACCGAGCUCUUCACAAAUACAACACUUCUUGAAGCUCGUCGUAGAGCUGCAAAGGAAGCAUUUUGUAUGUUGUCCAGUGAUAUUGUUGCAAACAUAUGGAGUUUGCUAAAUUUUCAUAUUUUUACUAGAUUGUUUGCUGAGAUGAAGCCUCAUAAUAUCACAACUAAGACUAAGAAAAACGAAGAUUCAUAACUCAGAGCAUUUAACCUGUGAUAUUCCAAUCCCAUUUCCAUGUAAUGGUGGAUUGUUUCUUGGUAAAAUUUCUAGAAAAGUUCAAUUUUGGCAUCAUCAAAUGUUCGUGUAUUUGCCUAACGGGGCUGCUUUUAGUCUAUUCACUUCUCCAAAGUUUUUUA